ACAAGUCGGAUUCUUCGAGCUCGAGAAGAGCUUCGGUGGCCGUUCCAUACUCCCAGCUGAGAAAAAGCAAGAAGUGUGAACUGCUUCCGCCCUCUUACCUGUGCCCAAUGAUGGCAAGCAUCUUGGAGCGGACUUUGCUGAUGGUACCAUCAUCUAGACCAACAUUGUUCCAGUUGUUAGCGGAGACGGCGAGUGCGCCAAAGCACAAGUAA